AUUAGUUACAGUUCUGCAUACGAGUUCCAUAACCAUGGACUUUACCCAGGAAGUGAUUGAGCGGAUGUGCGAGGGAUUGUCAGGAGAACGUGCUGCAUUGAUCCGCGCUGUGAUUGAGGAAAAUAUGGACCUGAGAAUAAACCUGGACAAAGCCUCCAAACUCCACAGUAAAACUGUUGAGGAGUUUGAACAGGAGAGGUACUCACUGAAGAACAAAAUGGAGAUGAUGUCUAACCUGGAGCAGCAUUACACAGAGGAAGUGGCCAGUUUGCAAGAGCAACUACACACUCUUCAGUCUGGCUCUGCUGAGUCUAAACAACACGAGGCAGAACUAUCCAAACUCAGACUUAAGACUGAGGGACUAGUAUCGCAGCUGGAGAGUGCCCACGCCUCGGAGAGGGAUCUGCAGGAGAAGUUAGAGGUCAUAGAGAAACAGUUUGCCGAGUACAGGGAGGAACACGAGAGUCUGACAGAGCAAAAAUCCAUCAUGGCCAGUGAGGACUACCUCCUCCUGCAGACACAGGUCACCAAUCUGCAGGAGAAUGUGGAAGACCUAACAGAACAACUUAAUGAGGCUAGUCAGCACCUGAAGAUUUUGCUGACAGAGAACGAUGGCUUGAAGUCAGAGCUUUUGGCCAGGGAAGAGGAUAACGAGCAAAUGAGGGCUGAGAUUUCUUCUUACACCAAUGCACUGGAGAAAUCUCGUGAAGAGGUCGUGGAGUACAAAGUCCUCCUGGAGAAUAUGCAAAUGGAGAAGGCCAGUCACGGGGAGAAAGGAAAUUCACUCUUUGGGGAACUGGAUGAUCGUAGAGUGACGGCCGAGAAAAUGCUAGUGAACACGAAGACUCAGUGUGAGAUCGCCAAACAACAACUAGCUAAAGAGAGACAACAACAUCACAGACUGAAGGUGCAGAUGGCAACCAUGCUUCAGGCUAACAACGACAACAUGGGUGGCGAAGGGUUCUCUCGUAUGGAGACCACACUGUCACAGCUCAGGAGCGAGAAGGAGGCUCUGGAGAGUAAACUACGUCAGUACGAGACAAUCCAGAAGGAACAGAUGGAGAAGCUACUGGAGCUCCAGAAUAAGGCUAAAGCAGACGAGAAAGGAGAUGAGGGAGAAGACAGUCACACCCAGUUCCUCAUUGCUGUACUUCAGGCCAAAGAGGAAGAUGUCGCGAAUCUCAAGAAGGAGUUAGAUCAGCAGAAUUCAAGAUGCUCUGUAAGAACGACAAAAUCAUUGAUGGGAACAGGCAGAUUUUUCAAACUGGAAACGGACCUGGACAAGGCUCAUAAAAAGUGCAUGCGGCUGGCGUUGGACAUUGAGGAACUGAGGAUGAAGUAUGAACCAGAGGAAGGUAAGAAGACUGUAAACAGGGCAAAACGGAGAAAAUCCUUUGAGCUCUGAACAGGAUCAGUCUACUAAAUUUGUUCUUAAGGAAAAUGUUUUGCCAAACUCCAAAAAGGACACUGCCAUAUUGAAAAGUGAUAUCCUCUGUGACACUGUCAGCCAAGACACAGUGUUUCUACAUGUAGCACAUUUUGAUGUCUGACACCACACAAGCAGGGUCAGCUCUGCUCUCAGGAAAGCAAGUGAAAAUCAGAGAACAAGUGGAAAUGAUUACAGAGGAAGGGCAGAAAGAGAGUUCAGCCAUAAGAGAGGAGAGUAAAACUGGCAAGGAGAAUAUCCAGUCUCAGAAAAAAGUCCGGAAAUCUGUGGUACAUCACAAUGUGAAGAAAGUGUCAGCGACUAACACGGCUGCUGUGGAUGCAAAUCAGUGUAAACAACAGUGAAAUCAUGAGGUCAAGGACAUUGGAGUUUUUCUGCAGUGCAGUUGAAGUAUAUUGAGAUGAAUCAGCAGGGCUGCAGUGACCACAGCCAGUUGUCUCCCCUGAUGUCACUGUACGCUGUUGAAAUAUGUGCUAAUAAACAUGUGUGCUAUCAAAGAUAUUUCAUACUGGCAUCCUCUCCAGUACUACAUGGGAAAACGAAGCAACUCGCAAAUGGUUGUGGGCUUUGCCCUGGCUCUGCCCAGUUUCUUUUCACCAUAAUGCUGGCUGUGUAGUGAAAUAUUGAGUACAAACUAAAACUCCAAAAUAUAUCAAAGAAAUAUCAAAGAAAUUCAUGAUUGGGAAGCACAGGAGACAAUUUCAAACAAAAGAUGCUUGACUGUUCUCAGCCAAUAAAUAUAUGUUUGAUUCUAUUACUGUAAUUUUAAUGACAUUAGACAGUGAAUGGGAUUAUCAAACGUUCUCAAAGACAACUGUAGCCUUACCCUGAAAUCAACUUGUGAACCUGUGUGACUGCAUGAAAUCCUGGUGACAGUAUUAACGUUUUACUGGAGGCUACUGGUUACAGGCGAAAAUGUAUGUAACUUGUUACUUGUUCAUAGAUUAGGAUGAUGUCACAAAUGAAAACCCUGGCUCAAUCCCAGGCUUGGACAGGGUAUUUAUGGAUUUCCUGCUCUCACAAUUGUGGGCCCUGUUAAUAAUAAGUGGUUGAGGUGAAAUUUUCUUGGAGUAACAAUUGUCUUUCUCCAACAUGUUGCGUACACGUGUAUCUGGUCGCAAUGCAUAGGUAAGUUUGUAUCUUACCAGUUGUUUACAUUGGGGCACUGCAGCAUUCUCCAGAUUUUAAAGUGACCACUAUGGGAUAAGUGAAAUACUCUUCAGUAUGGACAGUAUGACAUUAACAACAGUCAGUCAAAUAAACAGGUGUUGUUUGACAAUGAAAUAAAUAAA